UAGGUAUAGAUCCAGCGUCUCCCUUCCUACGAAACACAUCAUGGUAACAUCCUUCAGCCCUUGAACGCACCUUUCUGGGCUAUCUACGAACAUCUCUCAUCCUUGUCAUGGCAGGCGUCAUAAUCGCACAGCUCUUUCGGAUACAGCGUGCUGUGCAUCCAAAUCCUCAUAUUGGCUUCUACGUCUUUGGGAGGCCCCUCAGCGUAGCAUUCAUUGGUAUGGCAAUCUUCGUGCUUCUUGUCGGAACUUUACGGUUCUUUCGUUUGCAACAUGCCUUGGUCAGGGGAAAGGCCCUUGCGGGAGGGUGGGAAAUAAUUGCAAUCAUGGCGUUGAGCGCUCUCGUGAGUGGUCCAGUGAAGCAGUGACUGGGUUGAUUGGACGAUGCUAAUAGUUUCCAG